UUAUUUACAUCUGGGCUAGACUUUUUCUCUAUUCAUUAAUAAAUGAUUCUAUUUAAAUAUGCAUAUAGACUGCUGAAAAGUGGCUGAAAUGUAUUUUUGAAGGAAAGAAUUACAGUUCCCAAGAAUUGCCAGCUUGAUGCAUCAGACCUCACGCCAUGUAAGCUAAACACACCUUCCCUUUUUCAUUUCUGCCCAUGUUGCUGAGAUGGGGAAUCAGAGCACCGUGGCACGAUUUAUCCUAAAGAGUUUCUCAGAUGACCCCACUGUGAAUGCUGUCUGCACCGGCUGUCUCCUGGUCACCUACGCCUUUGGGGUCCUGGCGAAUAUUGCUGUCAUCACAGUGAUUACCAAGGACGGCCACCUCCAUACACCCAUGUAUUUCUUCCUAAAGAGUCUGUCCUUUCUGGAUGUGUGCUACACCUCGGUCACCAUGCCCAAGGCCAUUGUCAAUGCCAUCCUGGGUUCUCAGGAGAUUUCCUUCCUAGAGUGCGCUGUUCAGCUCUACUCCUUUUUCACCCUGGCAGCCACCGAGUGCUUCCUGCUCACGACCAUGGCCUAUGACCGCUGCAUGGCCAUCUAUAGGCCCCUUGUCUAUGGGGUCACAAUGAGCAGGAAGCUCUGCUGGGAGCUGGUUUCCACCGCCUGGAUUUGUGGGGCUCUCUAUUCCAUCUUCCAUGCCAUCAACACCUUCUCCCUGCCUUUCUGUGGACCAAAUGUCAUCGAUCACUUUUUCUGUGACAUACCUCCUGUCAUGAGGCUCUCCUGUGUUGACUAUCACACAAAUGAAGAAGUGAGUUUCAUUUAUACCAGCUGCAUCAUCCUGGGAGCCUGUGUUCUCACCCUGCUCUCAUACCUUCGCAUCAUCUCCACCAUCGCCAAGAUCCAGCAGGUGCAGGGCCGCUGGAAAGCCUUCUCCACUUGCUCUUCUCACCUGACCACUGUUCUCCUGUUUUAUGGAACUGGGAGUUCCCUGUACCUGAGACCUACCUCUGACUAUUCUCCCAUCCAAGCGCGGCUGGCUGCUGUGUUUUACUCCAUCAUCACACCCACCUUGAAUCCUCUCAUCUAUUGUCUGAGGAACAAAGAAAUGAAAGUAGCUCUUGAGAAAGUGUUCCUUCAACUACAGAGAAGAAAAGCGUAAGAGCUUAUGUUAAGGUACCUUCUUCCACAGUGUCUAAAAUCAAUCCGCUUGAGAAGUAAAAAUACAAAUACUUGAUAGAUUUGAAGUAUACAUAUUUGUUGAAGGGAUGCAGGUUUUUUGAGAUAUUUUAAUAUAGGUUUGCUAGUAACAUCUAGAUACACUUAUACUUUACUAUCAAGUACAUUCACCAAUGUGGUAUCACAUACAUUUUUUUCAAUGUAGAGAGAUCUAUUGUGGUUUUUAAACUACCAUUCAAACCAUUAGAAAAUAAUCUAAAAACGCGAAAGUUCCUCAUUUCCAGAAGGAGGACAUUAUAGGUCAAGGCCAUUAGAGUGAAGUCAUGGGAAAUAAAUCAGUAUUAAAGCA